CAGGAUAAUUCGGAAGUGCAUUUCAAAAUUAAAAUUACCACACAACUCAAACGGCUCAAACAAGCGUAUGCCGAUCGCAUGGGCGUCUCCAUUCAUUCUUUACGAUUUUUGUUCAACGGCCAGCGCAUUCUAGAUACCACGACUCCCAAGAAGUUGGGAAUGGAAGAUGAUGAUGUCAUCGAAGUUUAUCAAAAUCAGAUUCCUGGAUGA